UCGCCAUCGACAAAGCCCAUACCCAGGAACACCACUUUAUAAUUUAUAGACGAUAAAGUGGACCGCUGCAAUACCGAUGCUGUCACGUUAAUGUCAUUCACCCCCACUCUCGGUUUACCUUUCGACACACAUCAACAAAACAAACAUAUUAAUCGCCCGAAAAUGGACUAAUUAAUGGGAAAAACCGUUAAAGCGCGACGUUAUCGUUCACGCUAGCGAUGUGCGGGGUGUAAAGUGCGUUUUUGUGGUGAUCGUUGGUAAAAAUGGCCUCCCGUCGUGAAGUUUUGAAGGCUUCAAUGGAGCCUGUUGGCAGCUCGACGGACCCUUUCAGGGAGCUCUUCGAGGCGUGCAAGUUGGGAGACAUCGCCAGGGUGAGGACCCUGAUCAACCCUCAAACGGUUAAUGCUAGGGACACGGCCGGAAGGAAGUCUACACCUCUGCAUUUUGCAGCUGGUUAUGGUAGACGCGAUGUGGUGGAGUUCUUGCUGUCGGCUGGUGCCUCGAUACAGGCGCGGGAUGACGGAGGCCUUCACCCCCUUCACAACGCUUGCUCUUUCGGCCACGCAGACGUAGUCAGGUUAUUGCUUGAGGCGGGAGCCAAUCCGAACACUCGGGACAACUGGAACUACACUCCUCUACACGAGGCGGCUGUUAAGGGAAAAAUCGACGUUUGCAUAGCUCUUUUGCAACACGGCGCGGACGCCAGCGUGCGCAACACGGAGGGCAAGACGGCGCUGGAGGUGGCCGACGCCGUAACCAGACCCGUCCUGACGGGGGAGUACCGCAAGGACGAGCUGCUGGAGGCGGCGCGUUCGGGCGCCGAGGACCGCCUCCUGGCGCUGCUGAACCCGCUCAACGUCAACUGCCACGCCAGCGACGGGCGGCGGUCGACGCCGCUCCACCUGGCGGCCGGCUACAACCGCAACCGCGUCGUGCAGCUGCUGCUGCAGAACGGGGCCGACGUGCACGCCAAAGAUAAGGGCGGCCUGGUUCCGCUGCACAACGCGUGCUCCUACGGUCACUUCGAGGUGACGGAAAUGCUGAUCAAACACGGGGCGAACGUCAACGCCAACGAUUUGUGGGCUUUCACGCCUCUCCACGAGGCGGCGUCCAAGUCGCGCGUCGAAGUCUGCUCGCUGCUGCUCAGCGAAGGCGCCGACCCGCACCAACUCAACUGCCACUCCAAAUCGGCCAUCGACGUCGCGCCGACCAGAGACCUCCAAGAAAGACUGGCUUACGAGUACAAGGGACACUUAUUAUUGGAGGCGGCUCGCCAAGCCGACACGGGCAAGCUGAAGAAGUAUUUGACCCCCGAGAUUAUCAACUUUAAACACCCCUAUACCGGUGAUACCGCACUGCAUAUAGCUGUGAAUUCGCUGUAUCCGAAACGAAAGCAGGUUCUGGAAACCCUAAUUCGCAAAGGUGCCAAUUUAAAUGAGGAAAAUAAGGACUUUCUGUCGCCUCUUCAUUUAGCCGCCGAUAACUCUAAUUAUGAUCUCAUGGAUGUUUUACUAAGACAUGGUGCCAAAGUGAAUGCCGUAGACGGGUUGGGACAGACGGCUUUACACAGACGCGCACGUGAAGAUGAUGCGCAAGGGUGUCGUAUUCUCCUAUCUUUCGGCGCAGACGCUAGCCUAGUAUCAUUACAAGGUUAUACACCUCUGCAGGUGGCUUCAGAAAACGUCGCGAAACUAUUACAAGACCCCCCCACUACCAGUGCAGAUGUGGAGUGCCAAAUUUUGGAAGCGGCCAAAUCGGGCGAUUUGGAGCAAGUGCAAAGACUUUUGACAGCUUACCCGCAUAUUGUCAACUGUCGAGACCUAGACGGUAGACACUCGACCCCUCUGCAUUUUGCUGCCGGGUACAACCGAGUGUCUGUGGUGGAGUAUUUGCUUCAGCAAGGUGCAGAUGUCCAUGCCAAAGACAAAGGUGGUUUAGUUCCUCUGCACAACGCCUGUUCUUAUGGGCACUACGAAGUCACGGAAUUGCUGGUUAAACACGGAGCCAGCGUGAAUGUGGCGGAUUUGUGGAAAUUUACCCCGCUGCACGAGGCCGCAGCCAAAGGAAAAUACGAAAUAGUUAAAUUGUUGCUCAAGCACGGUGCGGAUCAAACCAAGAAAAACCGAGACAGCGCCACCCCUCUAGACUUGGUCAGAGAAGGCGACCAAGACGUUGCCGAUUUGCUGCGCGGCAACGCUGCGCUGUUGGACGCGGCCAAGAAAGGCAACCUCGCCAGGGUACAAAGACUUGUUACUGUGGAGAAUAUUAACUGCAGAGACGUGCAGGGACGCAACUCCACCCCUCUUCACUUGGCCGCCGGCUAUAAUAAUGUUGACGUGGCGGAAUUUCUUUUGGAGCACGGUGCGGACGUCAACGCUCAGGAUAAGGGAGGGCUUAUACCUCUCCACAACGCUUCCAGUUACGGUCACUUGGAUAUUGCGGCGCUGCUGAUCAAAUACAACACCGUAGUCAACGCUACCGAUAAGUGGGGAUUCACUCCUUUGCACGAGGCCGCCCAAAAGGGAAGGACACAGCUUUGUGCUUUACUGCUGGCUCACGGCGCCGACCCGUUCCUGAAAAAUCAAGAGGCGCAAGCCCCGGUGGACUUGGCGACCGCCGACGACGUCCAGUGUCUACUGCAGGACGCCAUGGCGUCGCAGCAAGGCGUCGCCGUGACGCCGUCUCGCCCGGCGUCGGUCGCCUCGGCGGCCGGACAGGCGCCCGGCACGCCUCUGGCGGCGGGCGCCGCCGCCGCGGCGGUCCCGACCGCCUCCUCCGUCAACUCGGAGACCGUCAUCAUGCCCUCGGGCGCGGCGGUGCAGCUGCUGGUGCCCAUCGGAACCAGGGCCAGCAUGUCCAUGUCCGUAGCAGAUGGGCAAUCUUCCGAUCCGAAACCGUCGGAAACGCCAGCACAGGAAGUGUACAGCGUUCUCAACUUCCUGGCAAGUUUGAGUCUGGAACAUUUGCACGACAUUUUCGAGCGCGAGCAAAUCACCUUGGACAUUUUGGCCGAAAUGGGUCACGAGGAUUUGAAACAAAUCGGCAUUUCGGCUUACGGGUUUAGGCACAAGUUAAUCAAAGGAAUGGAGAGGUUGGUUGCAAGUUGUGGCGGGUUGUGGUCCACCCCUUCCAACCCCGGAACCUUGCUGGUGGAUCUCUUGUCGGACGACAAGGAGUUUAUAACGGUAGAAGACGAAAUGCAAAACAGUAUUAGAGAGCACAGAGACAACGGGCAUGCGGGUGGCGUGUUCAGCAGAUACAAUAUAAUAAGGAUCCAGAAGGUGCAGAACCGCAAGCUGUGGGAGCGGUACAACCACCGCAGGCAGGAGGUGGCCGAGGAGAACGGCAACCAGAGCAACGAGCGCAUGCUGUUCCACGGCUCGCCGUUCAUCAACGCCAUAGUGCAGAAGGGCUUCGACGAGCGGCACGCCUACAUCGGCGGCAUGUUCGGCGCGGGCAUCUACUUCGCCGAGCACUCGUCCAAGAGCAACCAGUACGUCUACGGGAUCGGCGGAGGCACCGGGUGCCCGGCGCACAAGGAUCGCUCCUGCUACUCUUGUCACAGGCAUUUGGUGUUGUGUCGAGUAACGCUGGGCAAAUCCUUCCUUCAAUUCAGCGCAAUGAAGAUGGCGCAUGCGCCGCCCGGCCACCACUCGGUCGCAGGCAGGCCUUCGGCAGGGGGGCUCAACUUUCCCGAAUACGUGGUCUAUAGAGGGGAACAGGCCUAUCCCGAGUACUUCGUGACCUACCAAAUCGUCAAACCCGAAGAUACGUCGACAGGAAACGAUUCGGACGUCAGGUGAUUCUCAGAUGACCGCUGGCUCUUGAUUCGGUCGCGUAGAACUUACAGGGAACAUUUAAUUAAUAUGGUGUCUCAAGCGGUUCGAUGUCUUUUUCCGCAAAGAAGGCAUUGCAGCUGUCAGGAUCACCGAAAUUAAUACAAAGUGUCUGAUUAGGUUAUUUUUUUAUUGGUGCUCUGAUUAUUUUUAAUUAUAAAAGUGAUUAUAUGUACCUACGUAUGUAGACAAUGGGGAAGUUAAUUUUUUACAGUUUUAAUGUAUGUUUUUUGCAGUCCAAUCAGACUAUCAACUGAAUUUGUGACUUCUUUUUCUAAAAAGAAGAAAUUGCUCUGAUUGGUUAAGAAACUGAAAUUCUGACGUUUGAUUCUAAUUGGACACAAUUGCAAAAUAAAUAGAUUAAAACCCUAAUGUAUAAGUUAAAAUGUGACCCCAUAUUGGCAUUUAGAAUAUUUAAUUGCCAUUCUUCAGUAUUUAGAACAACACGGUGUCUUUUUUUAAAUUUUUAUAGCCUACAAAAUUUAAUUUAAUACUUAUUUUUCAUUUUUUUUCUUUUUUCCUAAAAAUAAAAUCAGUUUUGAAAUUUAAUAGACGCGGUAAUAUUUAAAAUAAUUGUGUUCAUAAAAUAGACGUGUAAAUAUUAGUCUAAACUUAUUUAUUACAAGAAAAUUGACUUGAAUUGAAAGUAUUGUGAUAACUAUUAUACAUAUAUCCUAAGUACAUCAUUGUGUUACUAAUUAUUUCUUAGACUGGAAAUAGAAAGGACAAAAAAUUGUUUCAUAGUCGUGUAAAAAUCCGAAAAAUACGUUCUUUCUAUUUAAAAAAUUUUAUUUUGAAGAAUUAUUGGAACUUUUUUGUUUUUAUAAUUUAUGGUUGUUUUAAACAUCUGAAUGUAUAUAAAUGGUGUGGCAAUUUUAGAAAUCCAUCAGGAUCAUGUAAUUGUUUUUUUUUCAGUGUAAAAUAAAAUAUAUUUACUUUA